ACUCUGGACGAAGAAAGAUCGACGCACAUGGAGAAGACUGGAAAUUUGGAACACGAAUUCAAAGUCAUGCACGAGCAACUGACAUCUGAAAUCAAACUGCUCACUGGCAAACUUAAUUCGCUGGAGGAAUUUCGUCUUCAGCGCGAUGACCUCUUAAAGAAGUUUAAGGUACAAGAACAAGACAUGGCAGAACAAGAACUAAGACAUAAACAAACACUCUAUGAAGUGGAGAGAAAGUUCAUUAUUGGAAAAGACAAACUUAAAAAGGAAAUGGAAGCAAAACUCCUUCAGUUGUCCAUCGACUUCCAAGAUGCUACACGUGUUCGAAUUGCUGCAACCACACACCGCACAGUAAGGGAGAACAUUGCUGUAAACAAUGAG